AUGUCGCGACAGUUGUUUUCUUCCAUUGAAUCAGGUGAUUGGACAAAUAAUGAAGGGAAUCAUAAUCACAAGCGUAACUUGAAAACUACACAAUGUUACCCUUCUUCUUCCACCCCAUUUAUUGAUGCCAAUGAUAACUUUGAAACUCCACGAUACUAUCAUCCUUCCUCUUCUCAAUCUGUUGAUCCCAACUCUAACUAUAGCAACAUGGAUGAUGCUUUUCUUUUUUCUGAUUCUUUGACAUGUUCUCCUUCCAUUCUUUCAACGACGCAUAAUAAAGACUCAUUCAAUGAUUCUAUUGGACAUAAUGGUUUUCUUUCCGACGUUGUCAAUUCCAGCUCCACCAAAACAUCAUCGAAAAGCUUGGAUUCCAUGACAUUUAACAAUCGGCAUUCUCCCUAUCCUAAUCCCCAAACAUCACAUUUUUACUCUCCUUCCUCUAUUUCAACAACUCAUAAUAACGAUCAAUUUGCUGACUCCACUGAAUAUACUGGUUUGCUUUCUGACAUCGUUAAAAUGAGGCCACGUGUUCCAACAAUGUCUUCGUCAACCACAAAUUUGUCAUCAUUACCACCACGACCACCAUCGUCGCACAACUCAUUGAACAUAAAAAAUAACAACAUCAGAAACUAUUGGAGCUUAAAGGAGCACAGAUUAUUUCUGGCAGGGAUGCAACUUUUAGGCAAAGCUGAAUGGAAAAAAAUUGCAGACCACGUGGUGAUUACCAAAACACACAAGCAAGUGGCUAGUCAUGCCCAGAAGUACUUUCUUCAUCUAGAUAAGUUAUCGAAACAUAAGCGUAAGAGAUCGAGUAUUCAUGAUAUCACCACUGUCGAGCCUGAAUUUUUGGCGGAGGUGGAAGCAUGUUUACCGCAACACUUGAAGGGUCUCAAUCAAUGA